UUGAAUGUCACAUGCGAGCUGAUUUGAAGUCGACACUGAGAACAAUUGAUGCCUGGAUGCAGUGAUAUAGCACAGAUCUUUGGACGUUUCUUUCAGUUACAUCUAGUUGCUGGUUCAAGCUGGUGGUUGUGUUAGUGAAGCUGCACGCUGGAGAACUUAGAAGUCUGUGUGUUUGCUUUCAGACCAAUGACCGCAUAUUUCUGAGACAUUAGCCAAAUGAUGUGAAAAGUAACCAUUGUCAUUGAGGAAGAUGAGCAGCAAAAACUUCAGUUCUCCUGGUGGAGAAUCACGUGUACCAAAUUCUCUAUCGCGGAAAUGUCCUCUCGAAGAUGUUUGGAUGGACCUGCAAGAUGGAAUACGUCAGGUAUUUUCGUACAGGAGUAUGUCAAAGCCUCGAUACAUGAAACUUUAUACUCAUGUGUAUAACUACUGCACUAGUGUCAACCAGACACCUGACAGCUCGCGGAGCACAUCUGCAAGAUCGGCUUCAGGUAGAACGGGCAAGAAAGAAGCGGGAGGUCGAGCUGCAAGGAAGACUGUUGGCCCUGGAGCGGCCUCGGCCGGUGGUAAGCGUGGAUCGAAAGAUGCUGGCAGUUCCAGUGCUAGUGGCACUAGCCACCAUAUUGGGAUCGGCCUGUAUCGCAAAAUUGAGGAUCUGUUCCAGGAGAUCUUGUCUGACAUAUCAAAGGCGGGUGAGCACCUGAGAGAUGAAUCCAUUCUAGAUCAGUACACGCAGGAGUGGGAGCGCUAUCAGUUUAGCUGUCGCGUACUUCAUGGUCUCUUUGCAUAUCUUAACCGGCAUUGGGUGAAGAGAGAGUGUGAUGAGGGCAGGAAGGGCAUUGUGGAUGUCUACUCGUUGGCGCUAAUGGCCUGGAAGAAGUACUACUUUUGGCCGCUGAAGGAGCGGAUCAUAAACGCUGUCCUAACCUUGAUCCAGAGAGAGCGCAGGGGUGAAGCCAUCAACACCCGCUUUAUCAGUGGAGUCACAUCCAGUUUAGUGGAGCUGGGUGUGUGUGAUCGUGUUGGUGGAGCGGAGACUGGCCGGAAUCUCGAGUUUUAUCGUGAUAACUUUGAGACCGUCUUCUUUGAAGAUACGAUGAAUUUCUAUGCUGCAGAGAGCAUUGCGUUCUUGAGUGAGAACUCAGUAACUGAGUAUGUCCGAAAAGUGGAGCAGCGUCUGAACGAGGAACAGCGCCGCUGCGGAGUGUACCUUCAUGAGAGCAGUCGGGAUGAGCUGGCUCGCAAGUGUGAGUCAGCACUGAUAUCAAACCACAUCGAUCGGCUGUAUUCUGAGUUCAAGGUCCUACUCCGAAACUACAGGACAGAAGACUUGUCACGAAUCUAUGGUCUUGUGGCACGCGUUGACAGCAGUGUGACAACACUGCAUACUGCUUUCGAGGAGCAUAUCCGAGAAGAGGGUUCAUUGGCGAUAUCAAGCAUUGCUACGACUGGCGCUGUGGACGCAGAGGCCUAUGUCAAGAAGUUUCUGGAGAUUUUCGAUCGCUUCCUGGACAUAGUUGACAAAGCCUUUGCUCAAAACAGCUGUUUUAGAGAUGCCCUGGAUAAGGCGUUCCGAGUGUUUGUGAACAAGAAUGCUGCCACUGAUGCGGCUGGUAGCGCAACGAGGAGUCCUGAACUCUUGGCUCGUUAUUGUGACGCUCUCCUGAAGAAGGGCUCAAGAAUUUCUGAAGAGAACGAGUUGGAUUUCGAAAUGUGCCGAGUGAUGAUAGUGUUCGGUUACGUGGAGGACAAGGAUGUCUUUCAGAAAUUCUACUCGAAAAUGCUGGCCAAACGGCUAGUUCAUCAUCUUUCAACUUCCGAUGAUGCCGAGGCAGCAAUGAUUUCUAAAUUGAAGGCAUGCUGUGGGUUUGAGUACACGGCCAAACUCCAGCGCAUGUUUCAGGACAUUGGUGUGAGCAAGGACUUGACUGAUGCAUUCCGAACGUCAAUACAAGCUUCUCCAGAGUCAGCAGGCCUUGUGGACUUCACUAUUCAAGUUCUCAGCUCUGGAUCAUGGCCUUUUGUAGCAGUAGCUGGCGAGUUUUCCCUGCCACCUGAGUUGGAAAAAGUUCAAACUCGCUUGAGUUCGUUCUAUACGAACAAGCACAGCGGACGCAAGUUGACUUGGCUUUACAGCAUGUCGAAGGGUGAACUCACAACCACCUGCUUCAAGAACAAGUACAUCUUUCAGGCAUCCACGUACCAAAUUGCUGUGCUCCUGCAUUUCAAUGAUCACGACUCUCACAGUAUCCGACACUUGCAGAAAGUGACCCUGAUCAAGGAGGAUACGCUGAUGCAAGUCAUUGCGAUUCUGCUGAAAUGCAAGCUACUGGUGUGCAAGGAUGAUGCUCCAACACAGGACUCGAUUGUCAGCUUGUUCCUGGGGUACAGAAACAAGAAGCUUCGUAUCAACAUCAACGUGCCAUUGAAGGGUGAGGUGAAGGCUGAGCAGGAGGCAACGCACAAGCAUAUCGAAGAAGACAGGAAGCUUUUGAUCCAGGCUGCUGUGGUACGUAUCAUGAAGAUGAGGAAAACCCUAUCUCACCAGCAACUGAUGGGUGAGGUACUUGGACAGUUAUCAAGCCGUUUCAAGCCCAGAGUUCCGAUCAUCAAGCGUUGCAUUGACGUUCUGAUUGAGAAGGAGUAUCUAGAGCGUGUUGACGGACAGAUGGACAAGUACACCUACCUAGCAUGAUGUACUGCUCCCACUGUGUGAGUGUGCGGUGAUUGUGUCACCAGCUUUAGUGCCAAUACUGGCAGGGAGUUGGCUGACAUUCAGUUGUGAAGCUGUCCUUUCCAGCAUAUCCUGGACCACCACCGCCAUUGUAUAUAUAGUGUAUAUAGUGAGUGACCCAUCACCUUGUAAUAAGCAAGUCAUUUCCGCUGAAAAAAAGAAAGUCGUCCCGCAUGCCAUUUUCCCCUCAUCAGCAAUAUUUUAGUAAAUGUUAAAAGCAACGCAGCAGAGGACAGCUGUUAUGAUAACUUCCUACGGCACGGCUGCAUGUUGCCUGCUGGCACCAAACACACGCACACACCCACACACACACACACACACACACACACACACACACACACACACACACACACACACACACACAGCAGACUGCCGGAAAAUAGGAGCAACUGGAAUUUCUAGAUGUACAUUCACGGACUAGACCUUCCUUUCACGGCUGACAAUACAUCUUCUUUCACGGUUUUCUAAUACCUACAGCAGAAGUAGCUGCAGCUGCAUGUAUAGCAUAGUGCUGAUUGAGUAUCAUGAUCUUAUCACUACCUAUCAUGCGGCUAUGAAGUCAUCAUCAUUAAUUUGUCUCAUCGAUGCCCCAUUGCACGUGCGCCUGUGCAAAAAUCGCCAUUCAUAACAAUCUCUCUCUCCCUGCAUAUGUACACGCAACAACAUAUUGUCCAUAUUUGGUCUGGUUAUUUUGUUUUCGUGCUGCGUGUUUGUCCUCCGCUGCUCUCAUUCUCGGCUGCUAUUGUCAUGUGCUGUACAUGUAGGUGUUGUACAUAGUUCUUGCCAUGUUUAUCAUGUUAAUGAUGUCUCGAUUUGCUUUGCUUUUUUAAAUCCUAUCUGUACAAUAGUCUCGUUAUCUUAUCUGGUGGCCUUCUGCUGUUCGCAUUAUGGCCAUUUUCACAUUCGAGUGUCCGUGUAUUAUUUUUUUUUGGAAUGUGAUGUAUUGUGUGUCGUUGAA